CGCAAUGGCACUAUUUUCUCGUCUCCUCCUAGCCCUAGCGGCCGUUCUCCUCGUCGCCGUCACCGGAGAGGCCGAUUCUGGCGGCGGCCAGGCGUGGUUUGACCGGGUCUUCAGCUUCGGCGACUCACUCACCGACACCGGGAAUUCAGCGAUCCUCCCGGCCACCGCCGGAGGGCCCUUCACCAACGCUCCUUACGGGCAAACCCACUUUAAACGCCCCGGCGCCGGCGGCAGGGCCUCCAACGUCGUCGUCGACUCCAUUGUGGAGUUGCUCAAGUUGCCGUACCUCGCCAGCAGGUCUGUAGACGGCUUCCGACGACGCUCGCUCACCGAUACCCGGAACGCGGCCAUCCUCCCGGCCACCGCGCGUUCCGGCCAAACCCGCUUGAAAAGCACCAGCAACCGAGCCUCUGACGGCCGCCUCGUCAUCGACUUCAUCGUGGAGUCCUUGGAGUUGCCGCAGCCAACGCCGUACCUCGCCGGCAAGACUGCAAACGACUUCCUGCAGGGCGUGAAUUUCGCAGUGGGCGGUGCCACGGCGCUUGACAUGGCUUUUCUGAAGUCCAAAGGGAUAACAUCGUUCGUGCCGAUUUCUCUCAGCAACCAGACCACCUGGUUCAACGGUGUUUUGAAGCUUCUUAACUCAACACGCAACGAGCAGCGGAAGAUGAUGGCGAGCUCCCUCUUCUACAUCGGAGAGAUCGGAUUCAACGACUACUCCUUCGCCCUCAUGAACAACGACACGGCGGGCCUAGCGGAGAGUUUGGUGCCGGACAUCAUCCGUGUCAUCCGUUCGGCCCUGAUUGACGUGAUCGAUGCUGGUGCGAGGAGAAUUGUGGUGGCGGGGAUGAUACCUAUGGGCUGCGAGCCCGAGCUGCUCGCCCUGUUACCCAGCGGCGCCAGCGGCUAUUACGACACGGAGUCCGGCUGCAUCGCGCGGUUCAACCGGCUAGCCCAGCUGCACAACCGCGCGUUGAACCGCAUGCUCUCCAAGCUCCGGCGAGCCUACCGCCGGACGUCUAUCUACUACGGCGACCUGUACACCCCUGUCACCGCAAUCGUCUCGUCGCCCGGAGAAUACGGUUUCGGCAGCGAGCCCCUGGCGGCGUGCUGCGGCGGCGGUGGUGGGCCGUACAAUUUCAACUUCGCCUUCUUCUGCGGGACGCCGCUAUCAACCACCUGCGCGGACCCGUCCAAGUCCGUCUCAUGGGACGGGAUCCAUUACACGGAGGCUGCUAACAAGUUCGUUGCCGACACCAUGUUUAAUGGACUGUAAGCAUCAACGGUCAAAUAAUGCUUGGAUUCAAAUUCA